CCGCACAUCAAUAAUUUACACUAUGCCUCUUGUUGUUUCCUGUUCGUAUACUUAAUGCUAUUCAUUCCAAUAACACAGCGGACAUCAUGCAAAAAGAAAGUGCUCCGAAGAAGCACAUUUCCUCGGCCUGCUCGUUUUGUCGGCACCGGAAGGUGAAGUGCGAUGGGAAGACACCGACAUGCUCUAACUGCACACUAUACAACCAUGCCUGCGAAUAUUCUCGCAACGACAAGAGAAAGCUUUCCCAUAAGAGAACUAUACAAUCACUUAACAACCGCGUGGUAUUUCUUGAAAAUCUCCUGAGGAGUCAUGGUAUUGAGGUGCCACCGGACACGUCGGUGGAAGCCGGGAAUCUCUCAGCUCCUCCAGUCUCCCACGAAUACGAGCGAAACCAAGACGACGGUGGAGUCAACUACGCCGCUUUGCCAAACUUCAAUGAACAUACUUUUAUGGCUGAAUUGAACCCAGAAUUAACAAAUGCAAUACAAUUCGAAAAAUCGGUAGAGGGUCUAUUUGGAAUGAACGAAAUGGGGGAUUUUCAUGCAGAUUAUACCGAUGUUACAAAUAUCUUUCAGUCGCCCCAAAAUUCCGGCCAUCCCUUCUAUCGUUUCAAUCAAGCAGGCAAUAGAACCCAUGGACAUGAACAGCAACUAGCGACCGGAGAAUAUGAUGACAUCUUAGAUGAACCAGAUACGGUAGCAGAUCAGGGCGCUCCCAUAUUAAUGCCGCAAUCUAUGUUGCAAUCUACGAAUGAUCUGGAGCACGGAAAUACGACAACGGGCGGGCAAAUUGACGGUUCCCAGGCGAUCUUACUCUCUCCAUCUAAUAACUCUUCUGCAGACCAUGAUGAGCAGAGUGACGACGAUGAGGUUGUAGAUCAAUUAUCGGCUCGGAUUGGUACAUUCCAGAUUACUGAGGAUGGUCAGCUGCGGUACUACGGAGCUACCUCUAAUCUUCACAUCUUGCAGAAUGGAUUAUCUUCUCUGCCACGGGCAGUCCAUCGAUCAAUACGCCUCGAGGGAGAGGAGGCAUUAACUCGUGCGGAACUCAACCAGGGAAUAGAUCCUGAUCUCGAGAAGCACUUGGAGGAUCUUUACUUUAGAUGGGAAGACCCAGCCAUUCAUGUCGUGGAUGAAGAAAUGUAUUUUCUCGCAAAGAGUGCGUACUACUCAGGAGAAGAUGGAAACCCGUUUUAUUCGGAAACAUUGAAAAAUACAAUAUGCGCUAUAGGCUCUCAGAUGUCAUCAGAUGAUAGGCUACCUGAUUCUGGCGCCGAGUUCUUCAAUGCCCGAGCGAAGCUUCUCCUGCAGAUCGAAAUGGACAGCCCCUCUGUCGCUACUAUACAAGCCCUUGUGAUUAUGAGUGCAAUAGAAGCAGCUUCUACUAGAGAUUCAAGGGGGUGGCUUUACAGCGGAAUGGCUAUGAGACUGAGUGCAGACCUUGGCCUACAUCGUGAUCCGAGCAAGGUGGUGCAGGAUGGUAGUCUUUCAGAACGCGAACUUGACGUGCGCCGUACUACAUUCUGGGGCGUUUUUGUGCAUGAUAGUAUGUGGAGCUUGUAUGUCGGGCGGCCUUCGAGCAUCAACAUUCAAGAUAUCUCAAUAUCUCGACCAUCACAAGAACAUGAUAGGCUAAGAUCGAAAAAGUGGAGUCCCUUGCGGGACUCGGAUGAAGGCAAGCCAGGAACAGAUCAGGAACAUGAGGGGUGGUUUGAUCCAAUUGAAGCUUGCGCCGAUGCGAAUGUAUCGCUUUGCUUCAUGAUGAGGCAACUUAGCCAGACUAUAUAUUCCGAUAAAACAUUCUCCGAUGACGGUAUCCGGGAAUUAGCUGCAAGCAUGCGCGUCGAGUUUGCCACAUGGCAAAACGCCCUUCCCGAAGAAUUGAGAGUUGAUAUGUCUGAUGAGAAUCGGUUCUAUCUCCCUCACAUUCUGCAGUUACACAUGCAAUUCUACACGAUUUCGAUACUGCUCCACCGACCUUUCUUCUCACGUACCCUCAAAGAGCCUAAAUUUUCCGAUGAUCAACUCUCCAAUCACCCGCGCAAUAUAUGCAUCGAUGCAGCACAAUCCAUCGUAAAGCUCCUGCGUAUCUACCGUAAGCAGCAUACCCUUCGCCGGCCUAAUGUUCAUAUCGUCCACCUCGUCUUCACAGCAUCUUUGAUUUGUAUAUACAACGCAUAUAGCAGCAAAGGGGCGACUGUUACGAAAUGCCUCAAUGAUCUUCAAUUCUGCUGUCAAGCCCUUGGGGAGAUGGGAGAGGCUUGGGGAAAUUCGACAAGAGCGCUAGAGGUGAUCAUUUGCAUCAAACGGGACUGGUUCAGCAAGACCCGAAAUUUGCCACAGACGAAGAGGCGAAGCCCAGCUGGUGAUGACCGUGGAUUAGGUGAUGACAGACGGAAGAGACGACUCACUCAUGGUCAAGAAGAGCUCUAACGAAGAGGUUCGGACAUCGUUAAUAGUCUAUAAGCACAAACUGUACCCUAAUGUCGAAGGAGAUCAUGAUAUCAAUUGAGAUGAAGUACCUAUUUAAUCAUGACAUGCUGUAUGAUAA